ACUGCGACCGAUCGAACAACCCGAACCACCUGCCACCGCAGCAGCGGCAAAUCCGAGCACGCCGGCGGCGGCGGCAGCACGGCGCGGGGCCGGCUUCACCGUACGCGCGCGGCUCUCGUGCCGUGCGCGCCUCAGCCUCCCCCCGCUUUCCCCAGGCGCCGGGAGGCGGAUCGUGGUGGGAUUCGGGUGCUGGUCAAAAGGCCGGGGAUUUGAGGAAAAUGGCGGUGCGGGCGGGGUGGGUGGUGGCGGUGGCGCGGGGGUCGGCGGCGGCGUGGCAGCGCGUGGCGUGCAACCCGGAGACGCUCCCGCCCGACCGCGUCCUCGCGCUCAUCUUCUGCGGGCCGCUCCACCUCCUCGCGCGCCUCGCCGCCUGCCUCUGCGUCCCCCUCCUCGCCGCCAGCGCCCCCUUCCGCUUCGCCUCCCCUCGCCGCCGCCGCCGCCUGCUCCUUCUCCCGGCCCCCGAGCUUCUGCUCGCUCCGUACUCCCCCACCCCUUCCUCCUCCUCCUCCUCCUCCUCCUCUUCAUCUUCCGACGAGGAUGACGGCGACGGCGACUACGGCGGCUUUGAGGACGGGGACGGCAUCAGCCCUCACGUCGAUUGAGGUUGCUUAGGAAUAGGCUCUGCAAGAGAGAACUUCGGUCAUCAGUUUCAAAGACUACGCUUUCCUGCGAUACCUCACGCAAAACCAUCAGGCCUUCUUGUCUCUUAGUUUUCAGGACCUAACAAUUUGUGGAUCGUCACUGUUAAUAAGCUUAUGGGCUGGGAGCCACGAAACAGACAUCCGAGGGAUGAAAACUGGUUGAGAUUGUCGGUGUGUAUAUUAUAUUAUUGCGUUGCAUGUAUAAGUGAAUCUCAUCACCAAGUAGUGGUGAUGAGAUGUCACCUGUGUGGCUGUGUACUCGAAAGUGGAAAUGCAGUUCCAGAUUUCAUUUGAAAUGUCUGCCUUCA